GUAAUUUUUUUUGUUAACCUCAGAGAUAAAUCAAUCGGAAACAAAAGAAUGCAAAGUCGCUGAGAUUGAAUAAGGGUUCAUAGUGUUCAGGCGUGCGGUCUUCAACAAAGCUAUAAUGAUGAUUGUAAAAACAAAGAUCCCAACAACAUACCAACCACGGCUUUAUAGUUUUACGCAGCUGGCUUGCUUCUAAGUUACUUAAGUAUAAAAUAGUUCUAAAGAAGAAGAACAAGAAUAUUGAAGACCGCAGUUUGUGGACAUGUCAGAACCUAGCGACAUGUUUUUGGGACAACCCGACGAUUGGGCUCAAGGCGGAAACGAAACGGUAAUGGAGCCUUUUGAUUAUCCGCAAGUGGAAUUAGCCCGAACUAUUUUUAUUGUUGCUGCAGUUCUCAUGAUCCCUGUAGCUGUUAUCGGGAACCUACUGGUGUUCUUCGGCAUCCUGCUGUACCCUGGGUUCUACAACAACAGCAACGUCAUCUUGAUGGCCAUAGCUUCGUUUGACUUCUUCAUGGGAAUCGAGUGUCUGCCCAUUACGAUCAUGUGUUACGUCUCACCCACUAAGUACAUCAUCGCUAACAAUAGACACUUGUGUGUGCUGAAACUAGUCAGUCCUCUCAUCGCUUACCCUGGGUCUCUGUACUGUCUAAUGCUACUUUCUGUAGACCGCUAUCUGGCUAUAAUGUUUCCUUUCAAGUAUCAUAUCUGGAUUACAUUUAGAAGAUGCAUCUAUAUCACACUGGCUGCGGUUUUCUAUACACUUAUUACAGCAUUAUUACCGUUGCUUGGAUGGAAUAAUUACAACCCACAUGUCCCUGAAUACCACAAGAGGUGCUAUUUUUAUGGAACUCUUCCAAGAUUUUUACUGACGUACAUGUUUAUGGUUCCUAAUGAUAUCGCCAUCGCUGUUUCCAUAGCAGCCAAUUGUCAUAUCGGCAUCGUCGUAUUUCGACAGCUGAGAUCCUUUAAAGCAGAAAGCGCUUUGUGGACGCAUGAACAGAAGCGCAACUUUAACGCGAGAAUGAGCACUGUCAAGAUUACUCUAGCACUGAUGUGUUUGUUUAUUUUGUUCACGGCGCCCUACCUAUCCGUUCUUCCAUUUAAGAUGUUUAAUGUUUUCCCCGAGUACACAAUAGAAGCGAUAAAAGUGUACACCAAUAUCCCACUUUACGGAAAUGCCGUUGUCAAUGGGCCAGUGUAUGCGUUAAUACGAAGCGAAUAUCGCGAUGUCUACCGCACAAUGUUAACCAGCUACCCAUGGAAAUGGAAAAAGGCUUUACGAAAACUCUAUCGUGAAAGAAACACUAGUUUUGUAGAUUCAUCACGACUGUCGGGGGGAAAAUCUAAAAGCGGCAUGACCAGUGUGAUGGAGGAAGAAAGUGACGAAACAUUACAAAAAGAUCAGGCCAAAGCGACGUACUUGGAUAAGUCAAGGUACGAAAACGCCUCCACCGUUUUCACAGACGUAACUUUAACCGUUGACGGGAUCAAAGAGAAGGCGACGUCCAAUGUCGACAAGACAAGAGCCAAUGGCAGUAAUGUGGACUCGGCCAGUAUCACUGAGAAAAUUUUGAACAGCGACAGACAUUCGUUAGAAAGCCGUCUGAACAAGAAGCAAGGUUCGACCAGCAGUAGGGACAUGAGACGGAGUGGGGAGAGUCAACAUGCGCCUGCGGACAACACACAUAGCUGCUCCACUAACAUUUAGACUGAUGUUUUAUUUUGUAUGAGCCGAAUUGUAUUGUAUCCUUUAUAAAAGUGCAUUUUGUCCUCACUAAAAAAAGGCAUUCGUCUUAAAGAGUCCACAGUGCCGUGUCAAUUUAAACCAUCUGAAAAUAUU